CACGGGCCGGGUUAUAAAACCCACACAUAUAUGAAUUAGGGUUUCUCCUGCCGGGUAGCAAUAGAGAGUGAAAGCAUCACCGGAGUCACGGCGCUGCCACGCGCCGUUGCGGUCGUCUUUCUUCUUCACUGCCAACCAUGAUCAUCCCAGAGAAGAACCGCCGCGAGAUCUCCAAGUACCUUUUCCAAGAGGGGGUGCUUUAUGCAAAGAAGGACUUUAAUCUUCCAAAACACCCAGAAAUCGAUGUGCCAAAUCUGCAAGUGAUAAAGUUGAUGCAGAGCUUCAAGUCAAAGGAGUAUGUGCGGGAGACCUUUGCUUGGAUGUACUACUACUGGUACCUCACUAAUGAUGGUAUUGAGUUCCUUAGGACUUACCUCAACCUUCCAUCUGAGAUUGUGCCAGCUACACUGAAGAAACAGGCUAAACCUGUCGGCAGGCCCAUGGGUGGCCCACCAGGCGAUCGCCCACGUGGCCCAUCUCGGUUUGAAGGAGAGAGAAGAUUUGGUGACAGAGAUGGAUAUCGUGGAGGACCCAGAGGGACUGGGGGUGAGUUUGGUGACAAGGAAGGAGCUCCUGCUGACUACAGACCAAGUUAUGGGGGUCGUGGUGGAAGGCCUGGCUUUGGUCGAGGAGGUGGUGGUUUUGGCCCAGGGCCAGCUAGCUCUAGUCUCCAAGGGUGAGUGGCUGCUUCUGCAUCAUGGUUUUCGCAGCUGAGAUUUCAUUUAGUGAGUUGGUGCAGCUGGAAUUAGCAAGGCUUAGCUUUAACAUGAGAUAGUUUACGGGGAUCUUUAUGAAUCUGUCAUCUGUUAUCUGUUAUAAAUUGAAGUUUGGAAACCUUUAAAGCAUCUCAUUGUCUUUAGAAAUGCUUCAUUAUCAUUUUGGUUAUUAUCUAAACUAAUUGAGUUGUCUUGGGUUAAUGUUUUCUUUUUCUUUUUUAAAUUGAUGUAUACGUUUUCUAAAGAUCGACUCAAGUAGGUUUUUUGUUGGGCA